AUGCUGCUCACCCUUGAUUCUGGACGCGGUGCUCUGGUUGCUGUUGAGAGCGUGACGGGCCAGAGACAGAAAUUGUGGCAGGCCCCAGGGGGGGAUGUUUUUCUCAAAGGGUUGGCCGUCGUUGACAACAUUGUGUACAUUGGCGUGAGCCCCCUGGCUGAGCGCAGCAUGCGAGCUGAUCCUGGGCUCGACUGCCAGCUUGCAGCCUUCCACCUCAUUGAGGAGCGCUUGCUGUGGAUUCGCAAGGCAGCCAUUUUGGAGCAGGGAGAGGCGCUGUGGGAUGCUACAGAGCAGCGGCGCAGCAAUGCAUAUCUGAAAGGGCGCGCACAGAACACCCAGCGCUACAAGCCUGGCACCCAGGAGGUGCUGCUGAUGUUCUCUGACAAACAAGGAGGCGCCAUCUAUCGCUUCCCAUACUACGAUCGCCUCAAGAAGGCCUUGGAACCCCUCCUUGAACAGGUGCUGGGCAGGAGUGACAUGGGCAAGAUAUUGCGGCUGCAUUUGGCACGCGUGCUGCCGGGCAGUCUCAUACAUAUCCACCGCGACCAGGGGGGAUACGUUGAGCGCGGGCACCGCAUCCAUGUUCCCCUACAGGCUGACCCGUCCACGCUGGCGUUCCUGUCCUGCCCCACUGCACGGCCCCACGCCAUACCUGCUGCUGUGACGGCCUCAGAGGCACUGCAGCUGGGAUGUCUGCCACUGCAGAUUGAAGAGGGUCUGGUCUUCGAGAUCAACAAUGCUGUGGCGCAUCUGGUCCACAAUGAUGGGAACAUGAGUCGGAUACAUCUGAUUGUGGACGUGGCAGAGCAUGCUUUGCCGCCUGCCAGAGCCCUCGAGCCUGGGCAGCAGUGUGCUUACAGGAGGGACACCAUUGUUUGCUGA